UGGAAUAUAUUGUUGUUUCUUCUUCUUCUUCUUCUUCUUCUUUUUCACUUUUCGAUUAGAUUGGGGAGAUUAUUUGUUACGCAAAAGGUGUACAAAAAAGACCCUUUGAUUGCGCUUGUUGAUGCAUUCCUCGGCUAAAAAGCCUCUUUUGCAUUGUGCUUCUUUAAUUGGAAUAUGCCUAGUGUGUUCCACAGUUAUAGCUGUUGACCUUUGAGAGAGAGAGAGAGAGAGAUAAUGGUGAUGAUGGGAAGUUGAAUUAUGGAAGCAAAGCAUGGCAUGGGUGCAAUCAUUGGUGACCCAAGACUUGAUAACAAUCUUUGUUCUUCAUUUGCCUUUUGCUUUCGGUUUAAAAGAGUUGGGGAAACAAGGAAUUCCAUGUUUUAUUUGGGCCCCUGAUGAGAUUAAGAAGGCAUAGACAAUGCAUUCCAUCCUGCUCAUCUCUCCACCGAGUUGAUGAGGAUGAAAUUUACUGGAGACAGAAAAGGGACAAUGAAGAGUUGGAAUGGUCACAUUACGCAAUAUCACAAUUAGCUCAAUGUUUUACUAAUGCUAUGGUUGGACCACGAUCAUGGAUUGGAGGACUCUUCAACCGCUCCACCAACAGACGUAGUGACAAAUAUGUUGACUACCCUUUCAAUCCUCUUCAGGUGCAACGGCUUCAAAGACUUCAGGAACGUUUACAAGUACCAUUCGACGAGACACGCCCGGAUCAUCAGGAAUCUCUUAGAUCAUUGUGGUAUGCUGCCUUUCCUAAUGUCGUUUUGACGGCUUUAAUAUCGGAGCAAUGGAAAGACAUGGGCUGGCAAGGUCAUAAUCCAUCAACUGACUUUAGGGGCUGCGGUUUUGUUUCCCUGGAGAAUUUGCUGUAUUUUGCCAGAACUUACCCAAAAUCUUUUCAUAGGUUGUUGUUCAAGGAAGGUGGGAAACGAGCAACCUGGGAGUAUCCAUUCGCUGUUGCCGGCAUAAAUGUUACUUUUAUGUUAAUUCAGAUGCUAGAUUUAUACUCAGUCAAACCAAGAUGUCUUCCAGGAGUCAAUUUUGUCAAAUUGUUAGGAGAUGAAGAAGCCUUUGAUGUAUUAUACUGUAUAGCUUUCGAAAUGAUGGACGCGCAGUGGCUUGCCAUGCAUGCUUCUUACAUGGAGUUCAAUGAGGUUCUUCGAGUAACAAGGACGCAGCUGGAGAGAGAACUGUCGUUGGAAGACGUCCACCGAAUCCGGGAUCUACCGGCCUACAAUCUGCUGUACCAAUAGAGACAUUAAAUGCUUCACUUCAGAUGUAGUGAAGAGUUAGGAAAAUGUCCGCUUUCAGGUUUCGCGCUGGCUGACAGCAUGCCGGUGCCCUUCUUCUUGGGGAUUUGCAGCUACCCGUAGCUGAAAUGCCUAAACUUUUGGCGGACUCAUUUGUAAAACUUUGGGAAAAUUGAAUCGGAAUCCGACUCCAGUGAAAUCAUGACUUAACAUUUUUCAGGUACCAACGGUUUCCUGUAAAUG